UCCCAAGGGAGACUUCCGGUGAAGGGGCAUCAGACGCUCGAAGUAGGAACCUCAGCUGCUAGGCCGAGGGGCGCGGGGCGCUAGAGGAGGCGCGGGCCGGGUCUGCGGGGGCGCGGGCCAGAGAGCGUGCGGCGGGCCGGGCCGGGGGAAGCCAGAGGAGGGCCGGGCCCCGCCGCGUCCGCCGCCAUGGACCCGUUCCUGGUGCUGCUGCACUCGGUGUCGGCCGGCCUGUCGAGCAGCGAGCUGACCGAGCUCAAGUUCCUGUGUCAGAGCCGCGUGGGCAAGAGGAAGCUGGAGCGCGUGCAGAGUGGCCUGGACCUCUUCUCCGUGCUGCUGGAGCAGAACGAGAUGAGCCCCGAGAACACCGUGCUGCUCCGCGAGAUGCUCGUCUCCCUGCGGCGCCAGGACCUACUGCGGCGCCUGGAAGACUUCGAGGCGGGCGCGGCGGGCGGGGCCGCGCCGGAGGAGCGAGACCUGCGGGCAGCGUUUGACAUCAUCUGUGAUAAUGUGGGGAAGGACUGGAGGAAACUGGCUCGUCACCUCAGAGUGUCUGACGCCAAGAUUGAAGCCAUUGAGGAGAAGUAUCCCCGGAACCUGGCAGAACAGGUGAGGGAGUCGCUGAGAGUCUGGAAGAACAGCAGGAGGGAGGAUGCGGCCGCGUCCCACCUGGUGAGGGCGCUCAGGGCCUGCCGGCUGAACCUGGUGGCAGACCUCAUCGAGGAGGGUCAGCGGGCCCGGGCCCUCCAGAGCGAGAGUGGGGACCCUGUGUCCCUCUCGUCCUGGGACUCAGACUCGCCCGCCUCAGGGGCCUCGCGAUGACCCAGCUGCUCUUCUCCAGGACCAAAGGCAUCUGCCCACUCUGAACUUCGGUCCCCUCCGCCGCAGUUGACACGUCCCCUCCGUCCCCUCCGUGCCAGCAUGUGAAGACCCGGCAGGGAGCCGCCUGAGGGCCCACGCAGGCUCUGGGCACUGUAAUCACCCUCAGAGGGAGGUGCUUUCCUCCCGGUUAAACGAGUUCCUACCGGAGGUCACUGCGGGCCACACCCGACACGUAGGAGGGACCUAUAAGAGGUAGCGGUUAGGGUUAUAAACCUGGCCGUUGUCCCAGCGAGGAAGCGCACAGUCGAACUGGAGGCAAGUCAGUAGUAAUGGGGGUGCUGGGCUGGGGGCCAACGCCGUCCAGCUCUGGAGCCCGCGCUUGGAACCACUGAGUUCUUCUGCCGUCCCCACGGUUGCCAAAGGCUUCGAGGCUGGCAGUGUAGACCUGUCUCACAGGGCAGGUGGCAUGGGGGUGAGACGAUGCCUGUGAGGUGGUCAGAUGUGGACACAGGGCUGGGCGGAUGCUAGUUCGGAGAAGUAUGAUUCCUGUGAUUCCACAGCGUGUUACUAUUUUGUGUCAAAACCACUAUCUUUCUGAUAACAGAGUUGGCAAGGGAGCUGGAGCCUGUGAUUUUAAGAAGUAAUCUUUCUUCCUGCUUCUCAGAUAACCCUAGUGAAGCAAGGGCCUUUACAGAGGAAACCUCCACAUUACAAAGAAUUUUCUCUUCCCAUU